UCCAUUCCACCACGUUUAAAUAAUAUCAGGAGGCUUUGCUUUGUUCAUGAGGUCAUUCCGCGUGUUUCGAUCGCGCGCACUGUUCACGCGCACUGCAUAUCACAGCUGGCGCGCGAAUGAACUCGACUCAGACUGAACCUGAACAAUUAAAUAAUCAAUACAAUUAAAAACCAUAAUCGGAUUUUAGAAGUGAAUGCAUAGCAACAAAAAUAUAUUAUAAACCGCAGUCAUGAACAGGCUGAUGUAGUUUGAGAGCGAUGAUUCCUGACAGCAGAAGAACACGAGAGUCAGAUGAAAGGAAAUAUAAUAUGCACGGUUUUUAUUUUAUAAAUGUUUUGGGAAAGCACCUUUGGCUCUGUGAUCAUCAGUGCUGAUGGCCGGACACGAGCUGAACUCGGGCUCUCUGAGCUGAGGAGAGAGUAAGAUGAAGAUCUGGGGUGUGAUGCUGGCGUGUGCACUGAUGCUGAGCUGCGUGUCGUCCGUCCCACUGCUUCUACAGGACCCGAACCGAGCCGGACACUCUCCCUAUUCACAACCACACGCUCAGUGUUCUCAAAGACUGGACCUGUUGAGAAAAGCAAACCAAAAUCUGCCUGAUGCUCGUACGAUAAAACAUCCGCAGCCAAGAAGUCACUCAGAUAGCUUGCCCACUCCCGACUCAGCCUUCAUCCAUAGAUUCAAGAGAUCUCAGAAACGGAGGGGUUUCCUGCGUAGCAAAAUGCACAGAAAGAGACCGAGUCAUGACGAGAGAGAGAAAGGAAAAGGAAGAGCAUGUGCACUAAGACAAGUCCAGCUGAAAGUGUCUGAUCUGGGUUUGGGCUACCGGAGUCAGGAGGAGUUGAUAUUCAGCUACUGCAGCGGCGUGUGUAUAAACUCCCUCACAAACUAUGACAAAAUCCUCACCAGCCUCGCCGGCGGUGACAAAAACAUUCUGCGCAGCUCCCCUCCCACCGCCUGCUGUCGACCAGUCGAAUACGAUGACGACCUGUCGUUCCUGGAUGACAACCUGAUAUACCACAUCAUGGAGAGGCACUCGGCACGGAAAUGUGGCUGUGUCUAAGCAGCUGU